UUCUUAUUGCGGUACUUAUUGCCGUUGAUGAUGCAACACCAUAUGAUCUGAAGGAUUCAAUUAGCAUUCUUCAAAAACGUCAAGAUCCCAAACCGCCAAAAGAGCCUGUACCCGAACCAUCGAAAGUGCCUGAACCGAAAAAAACUUGCGCUUCUCCCGAUGAUCCAGGAUGCAAGCCUCCACAAGGA